GCAGUCAAAUCUGACAACACUGGUAUCAUAUAUUGUACUUUACCUCAGAUUACGCUAUUUUCUCAUCUUAUAUACCUAAUGCGCAUGUGCGGUGUCGAGUUGACUGACAGGCGAUGUCUGCAUCUAAAAGCUCUGCUCCUCUGCGAUGAAUGUGGUUCGAGGCACCAGUGAACACAUGGAUACAGGACAUCUUAUCAGAGUGAAUGGACCAAUAAAUAAUAAAAGAAAGGAAAAGAUGGAUAUCCGAAAACAUGUCAUCUAAGCAGACAGGGAAAUGGGAGCUUUGAGCAGGCAGGAGUUCUUCCAGGAGCUGGGAUCAGGUUGCCUGUUCCCGACUGUCCAGCAGGGUCUAGAAAAAGUAUGGCAGCUGUUACUCAUCUGCAUAGUGUGUAGGCUGCUAUGGAGAUUUGGUCUGCCUUCUUACGUGAAACACCUGAGUACAGUAGCAGGAGGCUUUUACACUCUCUACCUGUUCUUUGAGCUGCACAUGGUUUGGGUGGUGCUUCUCAGCCUCCUGUGCUACCUCAUCCUCUUCCUGUGUCGUCAUUCAAGCAGCCGUGGCCCCUUCCUGUCCAUCACUAUCCUAAUCUACCUGCUUCUGGGUGAGUUGCAUAUGAUGGAUACAACUACCUGGCAUAAAAUGAGAGGCUCCCAGAUGGUAGUGGCAAUGAAGGCAGUUUCUCUGGCCUUUGACUUAGACAAAGGCAUAGUAGAAAAAGUGCCUUCCCCAAUAGAGUUCAUGGGCUACAUUUACUUUGUGGGGACGGUGAUCUUUGGGCCCUGGAUCAGCUUCAACAGCUAUAUGGAUGCAGUGGGGAGUCGAAAACUUAGUGUCUCCUGGUUUGUGAAGUCAGUCAGCAGCUGUGUGAAAAGCCAGCUCUGUCUGGUUAUCUCCAACUGUGUUGCACCCUAUCUUUUCCCCUAUUUCAUCCCAGUCUUUGGAGACAAGCUCCUCCGCAACAAGAAGAGGCGAAAGAUAAGAGGCUCAGUUACAAGGUGGCUACAGGGCUAUGAAAACACUCUGUCCUUCCAUUUCAGUAAUUACUUUGUGAGUUACCUUGGCGAGACAACCACCACACUGACAGGUGCUGGUUUCACGGAGGAAAAGGACAAUCUUAAGUGGGACAUGACGAUAGCAAAGCCACUAAAUGUUGAGUUUCCCAGGUCUAUGGUGGAGGUUGUCACUUCCUGGAACCUGCCCAUGUCCCGCUGGCUUAAUACUUAUGUGUUUAAGAAGUCUCUCAGAUAUGGGAACUUUUCAGCUAUCAUCUUGACCUACACAGCGAGCACCCUGCUUCAUGGUCUUAGCUUCCACACUGGGGCAGUGCUAUUUACUCUAGUCUUCAUAACAUAUAUUGAGCAUGUGCUGAGAAAAAGAUUGUCUGUCAUUUUAAAUGCAUGUGUUCUCUCCAAGAGAUGCCCAUCAGACUGCAAACACCAAAAUAAAAAGGCAAUGUGGGUGUAUUUAAUUAAUGGGACUUUUAGUAUGAUAGCAGUGCUACAUUUAACAUACCUGGGCUCUAUCUUUGGCUCCAGCACAGAUGAUACAGAUGAGGAUGGCAUGGCCAGCCACACCAUUCAGAAAUGGACGCAGCUCAGUUGGACAAGCCACUGGUUGACCUUUGGCUUUUGGGUCCUAUAUCGCCUUAUUCUAUAAACACUGAGACCUACACACCUACAGAAAGAUUAGGAGAUGAUAGCAAUAACUAUGAUUUGUUCAUUUGGACUGUGGAGGGGCUAUUGCCAUUUAUGAGAUCACUGUGAACUCUUGAUGAACUUGAUUGGGGGAAAAGAGAGCUCACAAAUCCAGGAAAAAACUGAUUUACAUUUACUAUUGAUCCACACAGCUGGUUUGGUGCGCGCAGAAAUCUGCAAGUACCGGGACGUUUUCUAAACCAACUAAAGUACAAGAAGACCUUUUUACAAGCAACAACACUCCUCUAUAAUUCUGAAAAAUAACAUUUUCAUAGCCAUCAGUAAUGUAUUCAUCAAGACUUUGAUAUGACCUAGAAGUGAAGCUUAAAACGUUGUUGUAUAGUUCUUUUUGUGUAAUGGUUUAGGUUUAGGAUGACUAAACUACAUCAGACACUGAACACUAAAUUCUUUUCAAACGGGGUUAUUUUAAAUACAGUAUGUUUUUAAUUUUAGUUCAAUCUUAUAACUUCUGGAUGUGUGAAAAGAAAGCAAGUACUCUCAUUGGUUAUUUUUAGAGAGCUCUAAAGUCAAACUGCACAAAUAAAGACUUAACCUGUGCUCUAGAAUUCUAUGCAGAUACCAUAUAUAGUUUAGACACAGUUUAAAGCCAAUUUUUAGAUCAGACUUGCUCAAAAGGAGUUGUACAGUUGAUGACCUAAGAAAUCUGCAUUAUCCAGGUGGUGGUUGGUGCAUUUGUUCAGCCUUGACUUGGCUUUUGCCUCUUUAAUUUUCAUUCUACAGUAGAUGGAAAAUCUAGUGCUAAUGCUGUUUCACUAAAGCACAUACCAUUCUGCGAUUCACAACCAGAAUAGGUCCAUACAGUACCUGCCUCUGAUGUCAUAAGAGACAAAAUGAAAAUUAUCAUUCCUUUUUUUUUUUUUUUUUUUGUGGUGAUAAUAACUGUCCUGAUGUUGAAUAUGUGAUGUAUGUCCUGAGUGACUUUGAAACUUUCUGAGACUGGAAUACUGAGACAAGAUUAAUAAUGUCAUAUUUUUACAUUUAUUUUGUUUCAACCUUUUUUUUUAAUUUUUUUUUUUUAAUAUGUCUAUUGCUGUUCACAUCCUCCAGCACACCUGCAUUUAGUAUUUGGGACAAGGAUUAUGGAAGGAGAGUAUGUUCUUGUAUUCUAUUUAUUUAAUGAAUUAUUAUUUUUUUAUUAUUACUCUUCAGUAGUAAAUGUAAUAUUUAAAACACCAUCAUGCUAAAUUAGACACUGUUUCAUGAUGCAUUGUGCCAAACAGAACAAUAAUAAUUAAUAGUUGACUUUUUAUUUGUUGUGUUCUUACAUUUUCAAUUAAAGAUUUAUCAUAAUAUUUAUACAGUUCUACUAUUGUUGUUAAUUCAUUACCAUACUUUAGUUAGUGAAUAAAAAAUACAUUUAAUUAAAGAGUUCACAUUACUUGGAUGAUUUUGACUGUGUUAUGUAGUAUAUCUAACUGACAGGUCAAUCUAUUGAUAAUAAAAUAAUAUAUCUUG